AUGGAUUUAUCAUCUUCAAGAAUUUUAACAACAUCAUCAAUUGCAAAUACAUCAUCAGGUGCUAUUAUAAUACCUGCUGUUAAAAAUUCUUCAUCAUUAAAUAAAAAUGCCUUGAAUCCAAUGCGUAUUGGUGAUGCAGCUUUACAAAAAAUGCGUACUAUAACAACAACACCACCAAUAACAUCAUCAUCAAAUGAUUCAACCGAUCAACAACCAGCUGUUUUUAUAAUGAAUAAUACUAAAACUGAACCUCAACAACCACGAACAAUAACUGUUAAUCGUCUUUUAUUUUCAAAUAAUAAUCAUCAUAAUACAAAUAUAACUACUCCAACAUCAACAACAAUUAUAAAUGGACAAAAUGGUAUUAAUUUAGCAACACUUGUUAAUAGUUUAAAUACAUUAAAUCAAAUGGCAUUAUUACAAUCAACAAAUAAUUCAACAACAACAACACAGAAUAGUAUUGCUAAACUUCUUGAAACACCUAUUCUAUCAACAACAAAUGUUAUUCAACAACCGCAAACAACAAUUGUACCAUCUAUUAAUAAUCAUACAAGUGUUCCACCUUUCGAUUUUUCAUGUUAUUAUGGAACACUUGCUGAAGAAACAUCAAAAAAAAAAUGUCAUACUCAUUCAUUUCUAGUUUCGUCAUCAAAUAAAGAAAAUGAAAAUACUCCUUCACCACGUAUAACAAAUGUACGUUCAACAUCUGUUUUACCAACAUCCAUACAAUCAUCAUCUGCAACAACACCAACAAUACAAAAUGAUGCAUUUUUUGCUAAAACAAAAGUGUUAGUUGAACUUUUAACAUCACCAAGUACACAACCACCAUCAUGUUUUGGUUCAUCAUUAAUUGAACCUGAAACUCAAACACCAUAUUCAGAUGCAACACGUACACGAUCAAAAAAACGUAUUAAUCGUAUUAAACGACCAAUGAAUGCAUUUAUGGUUUUUUCACAAUUGGAACGUCGUAAAAUUGUACAAUUAGCACCUGAUAUGCAUAAUGCUGAAAUAUCAAAAUAUUUAGGUGCAAGAUGGAAACGUUUAUCUGAAAUUGAACGCCGUCCAUUUAUUGAUGAAGCUGAAAGAUUAAAAAUGUUACAUUUACGUGAAUAUCCCGAUUAUAAAUAUAAACCACGUAAACGUGCUAAAAAAGGUUCAACACCACCAAGAAAUUCAACUAAUCCACAUACAUCAUCAUCAAUGGAUACAACAGAUACAUCAUCCGAUGAUUGUACAUCGAAAACAACAAUUUUACCUGGUAUUAAUCGUUUAGAUGAAAAUCUUUCAACAUCAAUUGAAAAUGAUUUUGAUGAAAAUUCAUCAUCAGCAUUACUUACAAAUACACUUGCUUCAUUGAUUGAUCCAAAAUUAGGUUUAUUUUCAACAAAUGCAAAUUUUGAUGAUCCAUCAUUUUUUACAUCAUCACAAAUAGCAACAGGUACAUCAUCAUCAUCAUCAUCAUCAUCACAACAAAUUGAUCCACUUUUACUUGAUGCACUUGCAUCAGCUGAUCCUCAAACACAAGAAGCUUUUUUUAAUCAAUUACAAAUGCUUGGUGAUUUUAAAUUAUGGGCUGAUCUUGAUUUAUCAAAUAGCGAUCCAACUUUAUAA